CAUACACGUUUAUCAUAUAUAUGAGAUAAAAGUUAUAAUUGAAAUAAAAAUACAGAUAAACUCAUUCGGUUUCUUGGCUUAGGAGGUACCGGUUCAUCAUGUCGAUAAAUGAGUUUUUCUUCUGUGUCUUUGUUUGUGUCGUAAUAACUGACAGAUCUCAUGCUGGAUCUUGGGGUCUUCCAGAUCCAUUAGCAGCAGCAGGUAGUGUUGUUAAGGUGAUUGACGAUGGUGCCAAGACAGUUGCCAGUGGUGCAGUAGACGGUGCUAAGGCAACAGCCGAAGUUGCCUACGCAGCAGACAGACAAGUAGUGAAAGGAUCCAAAACAGUAUUAGGGAAAGUCAACAGUGGGGUUUUCGACGUAGAAAAAGGUUUCGUUAAUGGCCUGGACGAAGUUGUAGGAACCCCUGUCGACUUGAAAGAAUUAACGUUUCACCUCGUAACAUCAAAAAACGUAGGAAAUCCGACCAAAAUUGAUUUUUACAAACCGGACGAUGUGGCCAAUACCACAGGAAAAAUUUUUUUCAUCAUACACGGGUGGCAGUCGAGCAGUAAUGCUUCGUGGGUUCAAGAUCUAGCAGGAAUUCUUGUAAGAAAACAUCCUGACGCUCACGUGGUGCAGGUGAAUUGGGAUGGGCCAGCCAGUGACAAUUAUGCCUUUGCUGCUUUUGACACUGAGAGCGUAGGAAACUUCGUUGGAAUCCUUGUCAAUCGAUUGGUGUCGGAAUACAAGGUGCCCAGAGAAAAUAUCGUCCUUAUCGGCCACUCACUGGGAGGUCAAAUUUGUGGAUGGGCCGGCAAGAAGUUCGGCGAAAUUACUGGAACAAAAUUGCCAAGGAUCAUCGCCCUCGAUCCUGCAGGUCCACUCUUCAUUCUGAGGCCCGACACUAGAAGACUGAACAAACAUGACGCCGAAGUAGUGAUGGUGAUUCACACUGACGGUGAUAAAUUAGGUUUUCCAUUCAACUGUGGCACCAUCGACUUCUACCCUAAUGGAGGGGACAAUCAACCUGGAUGUUGGGAAGUAGAUUUGGGAAGAGUAGCGACUUAUGUCGAACCUGUUACAUGUGACCACAGUCGUGCCUGGGACUUCUACGUUGAAGCGCUGAACACAACAGGCUCUUUCCCUUCGAGGAAAUGCAAGAGUUUCAGUGAUUUCGCCAACAACAUUUGCGAAUCAAUCGAGGCAGCCAUGGGAGACCUGGAAUUGAAACUUCAAGGAACCUUCUAUCUGGAAACUAACCCCAAUAAGUCUUAUUCCAAAUUGCUUCCGAAAAUCGUUGACAAGAUAAAAGAAGGAAUAGAGACAAUAAAAGAUGAAAUCAAGGAAAUAAAAGACAAUUCGACAAAGUCUGUUGUUAACUGAUGUGUUUUUCUGUUUAAAAUAAAAAGUCCUUGAAAAAUA